GUGAGAAACCGCCGUCGUCCUCGUGUUUCGUUUGGUUUGCUUCUAACAGGGUUUAGAAAGGGUAUUUUUGAGCGUGUUCAGGCUGGAAAUAAGUGUGCUUCUGUUUGUAUUGUUCACCUGACAAAAGACUCUUGUGUCUUGCACAGUGCGUUGGAUAGCCUUUUCCAGAGUUUCAGUUUCGGGGAGCAGGAGAGGUCUCUGCAUGAGCCAGUGACGGGGAGUUCAGGCAACCAGCAGGUGGUGGAAUAGGCUAAGUGUGAACACAGAAUCCCAUCUCAGGUUUGACCCUUGUGUGCACACAGGUGUCCACAAACAGUCCGUGUUGGUGUUUGUAAACACAGAGCAUUUGAUAAAUAUUGCUGCGUUUGUGAAUGGCUUGUGAAGGAGGGCUGUGAGCUGGCUCUGCUGUGUUUCCUGGUGUUGGGAAAAUACAAUGAUUUGGAGGAGGAGGAGGCUGAGGAAAAUAUUCGUUAAGGGUUAUAGGUGUGACAUCUGGAGUUAAGAGCAUGUCCUCUGGCUCUGUGCUCUGCAACUAAAAACCUAAGGCUUAUUAUUAUUAGUUUGCUCAGAUGGUCACAGCAUAGUUUGUUGCUUUCUAGGAAAGGAGCAUAGAAAUCUUUCCAAGCUUCUGUUGUUGGAAGCAUCGUGGUUUGUGUUUUGAUACAGAAUUUAAAAUGGGAGUCUAGUUGUGCAGGUAAUGAAGGUUAUGUUGUCUGCAAACUGGGCGCACCUUUGAAGGCAGAGGUGCUGAUUGGCACACCUGGAAAGACAAGGCCUCACAGGACGGAGCUGUACGAGGAGCCCCCGCUGGGAUGCUGGCCCAUUGUGUAUUCCCCAGACUACAACAUCACCUUCAUGGGACUUGAGAAGCUGCACCCCUUUGAUGCAGGGAAAUGGGGGAAAGUCAUCAAUUUCUUGAAAGAAGAAAAACUAAUUGCAGACGACUUGAUUGUGCAGGCACGGGAGGCGACUGAUGAAGAUCUCUUGGUUGUCCACACCAGGCGCUACCUUAAUAAAUUAAAGGUGCUGUACCUGCUCAUGUGUUUUUCCAGAAAACUGUCCAGAUGGUCAUUUGUUGUGGCUACAAUCACAGAAAUUCCUCCAGUUGCCUUUCUUCCCAAUUUUGUUGUUCAGAGAAAAGUUCUGAAACCUCUACGAACUCAGACAGGAGGAACAAUAAUGGCAGGAAAGCUUGCUGUGGAUAGAGGCUGGGCCAUCAACGUGGUUUGUAGCUUUUCACCCCUUCAACUUUCCUGUCCAGGGGGUGGUUUCCAUCAUUGCUCCAGUGACAAAGGGGGAGGAUUUUGUGCAUAUGCUGACAUCACACUGGCCAUCAAGUUCUUAUUUGAGAGAGUACAAGGAGUGUCUAGAGCCACAAUUAUUGAUCUGGAUGCCCAUCAGGGAAAUGGCCAUGAGAGGGACUUUAUGGAUGAUCCUCGGGUUUAUAUUAUGGAUGCAUACAAUAGAUAUAUUUACCCAGGUGAUGGUUUUGCUAAACGUGCCAUAAAACGCAAAGUGGAGCUGGAGUGGGGCACAGAGGACACAGAGUACCUGCAGAAGGUGCAGACCCACGUGGAGGGAGCCCUGAACGAAUUCAAACCUGACAUCGUUGUGUACAACGCUGGCACUGACAUUCUGGACGGGGAUCCCCUGGGAGGCCUGGCCAUUUCCCCCCAGGGCAUUGUGAAGAGGGACGAGGUGGUGUUCAGGGCUGCCAGGAGCCGCGGGGUCCCUGUGCUGAUGGUGACAUCCGGGGGGUACCAGAAGAGGACGGCGCGCAUCAUCGCUGACUCCAUCCUCAACCUGCACAGCCUGGGGCUCCUGGGCAGGCAGCGGCCAGCCUGUGCUCUUGGGAGCCCCAGCCUGGAUCAGAUGGUCACAGACUCUGCCAAGGACCUCAGCAACUUGUCACUGCAGUGACAGGUCACUCAGUGUUGGUCACAUAACCCAGCAGCAGUACAGAGUAACUCUGUCUAGUUGCUGAAUUCAUCCUGAGCUAAGGCAACGCAUCCUUUUAAACUAAUUGAGAUAUGCACUCAAGGGUACUGUCUUUGUGUCUAAUAUUGCUGUAGAAAGCUUAAUUUGCUUCUCGGAUUAAAGAAGUAUGGGUAUGGGAGGGCGGGGCGGGGUUGGUCUGUUAUGUUGGAAGAACUAUGCAGUUGGUAUCCAAAGACUGUCCCAGACCUGUUUCAGAUGGUGCAGCAUGGUCUGGAGUAGGAGGAAUAUGGACUAAAUCUACUGUUUUGUGGGGUUUUUUUAAAAAUACUGCAUUUUAUUUAUUGCUUUUUAAAUUGAAAUACUUCAUAAAACAAGUUCUGUGCAGACUUCAACUGUCAGUUUAACACUAAAGGGAAGUGCAAUACUGUAAAAGCCAGGGCAGUUUGUUUAUGGCUUUGAAGCCGUAGACAGUUAGAAGGAAUGUUUGUAAAUUCAUAGUUUAUUCCUGUUGUUGAUAAUGACUUAAAUCUUGCUCAUAAACACCUUGUGAAAUGGAAUAUGAAACACCUUUGGCUCUCUAUGCAAAUGAGCCAUAAGGGCUCACCAUUACCAGUCUGGUGUUCCAAAUGAGCUCUACAUGUGAAAGGCAGUAGUUCCUAUGCACUGUAACUCACAGACAGAGAAACUACAGUCCAAUGAAAGCUGAUCUUACAGUUCUCAGCAACCCUGCAGAAAAAACUAUGUAGAAAUAUAGGCUGUCUUACUAUUGCCAGCUUGCCAUGUAUAAAACAGUGAGGAGUAGAUUUAAAUUAUUUUUCCCCAGCUAGUGCUGUGUUUUUCACUUGCUCAGAGAUCAAUGGUACUUCUAGUUGCAAUCGUAGUUGGUAAGAAAAUCCUUCAUUUUUCUUGUUCAUCAAGGAAUGCAGUGACAUUUCUACAUUAAGAUAAUGUGCUAGCUUUGUAUGGAGCUUUUCGGAGGAUUUGGGAACCAAACAAAAGCAAAUUCAGUUGCACUACCUGGGAAGUUUGACUUUAUUCAAGUUGGUAUAUUUUGCAUUAGGUACUGUUUGUAGCAGUGGGUUGUAAAUGUACUAAACUGUAUAUUUUGCAAGAGCUUUUAUAACUGUCACUGAUUUGUACUACAAGUUUUAUGUUGUGUUUAGGUUGGAGCUGUCCUGUGAGGGAGCACCAGGAUUUUCGUUGUAGUAGAGUUGUUGUGUAAGCUAUUUAAGGAAUGUUUAAUUCUAAUACUUACCUCAUUCAGUGUUCAUGUUUAGAUCAUGGAGUUUGUCCAUUGUAGGAAUUGCACAACUGCUAUAAAUACCCGCUUUAAACCAGAUCUGACCUACUGCACUAAGCUUGAGUUGCUACACUGGGAUUAAAGAGCACUUUUUAAAUUUCUUACUAGAAGGACCAUCAGAGUAUGACUAAUGUUGAGAUUUAUUUUUUAUAUACUGUCUGACAUUACUGAAAGAUGUUGUUAUUCUUUCAUAUAAUUUUAAUAAAAUUCUAGAUUACAUUUCUAUGAACUAAACCCCCGUCAUAGCGCCAUAUGGUCUUUCCCCAAACAUUUGCUGUCUGUGUUAACAUGUUUCUAUAAUUUCCCCUCAGUGGAGAUUAAAAUUAUGUUGAACAAUGCUGAAUGACUUCUUGUCACUUCACGUGGAUCUUGGCUGUCAAAAAGUUUGACUGGAGCAGUUUAUUGAAAAGACAAGAAGAUGUAUUUUUCAUACUUUAAAUGUGUCUGGAACUACAAUGAGUCUCAAGGGUGAGUAGUACAAGGUUUGUCAACAGCUUCUCUGAGAGUUCACUGGUGACUCCUUGAAGAGAGCUUGUAAGUUUUGUGUCCAAAUACUUUUUAUUGUUAUUAAAAGGGGUUAAAGUAAUUUUCUAACUUCCAAGUUCUAUUUCAUUACCUACCUUGUAAGUCCUAAUCCAAGUAUUUUAGUAUUAGAGGUGUUAAACUGGUAACUGAGCUUCUGAUAAGGCUUCAGUAGUUUUAGAGGCUUUUUAUAAAUCAGUCUUUUCAGAGAGCUCAAUGUUUGCAGUAGAGCUUGCUGGCUGUCAGGCUCACCUGUGAAAUUUCUGAGAAGCAGCAGACACAUUGACUGCAUUUCAGUGUUCAUUGUAAAGCUACAGCUGGAAAACACACCAUUCCUUCAUAUUUUCAAGAAUUUGGUGCCUUAAUACAGAAAAGGAAGAACACUGUGUGUGUAAUUUUAUCUUUAAAAGUUCCUGUAUCUUAGCAGAUAUAUAUAUAUAUGUAUGUAUAUGGUAUUCUGUGCUUUAGUUGGUUCCUCUGCUGCAGUCAUCUCUUAGAUGAAUAAAUCAGUGCACCAUGCUUUCAAAAGA